UUCCACCGGGUGGGACAGCGGAUGGAUACUCGAGUUGUUGUCAAUAUAUUUCCCUCCGCUAGCCUUUGUUCGCCAUAGUUCGUCUGGACCAGGAAGUGAGCGUUGCUUGGAACAGCUGUGAAUCAUUUGCCGUGUCAAGAUGCAGAUCUUUGUGAAGACCCUGACUGGUAAGACCAUCACCCUAGAGGUGGAGCCCAGUGACACCAUUGAAAAUGUGAAGGCCAAGAUCCAGGACAAGGAAGGCAUCCCUCCUGACCAGCAGCGUCUGAUCUUUGCUGGCAAGCAGCUCGAAGAUGGCCGCACCCUCUCCGACUACAACAUCCAGAAGGAGUCCACCCUCCACCUGGUGCUCCGUCUGAGGGGAGGUAUGCAGAUCUUUGUGAAGACCCUGACUGGUAAGACCAUCACCCUGGAGGUGGAGCCCAGUGACACCAUUGAGAAUGUGAAGGCCAAGAUCCAGGAUAAGGAAGGCAUCCCUCCUGACCAGCAGCGUCUGAUCUUUGCUGGCAAGCAGCUCGAAGAUGGCCGCACCCUCUCCGACUACAACAUCCAGAAGGAGUCCACCCUCCAUCUUGUGCUCCGUCUGAGAGGAGGUAUGCAGAUCUUUGUGAAGACCCUGACUGGUAAGACCAUCACCCUGGAGGUGGAGCCUAGCGACACCAUCGAGAAUGUGAAGGCCAAGAUCCAGGAUAAGGAAGGCAUCCCUCCUGACCAGCAGCGUCUGAUCUUUGCUGGCAAGCAGCUUGAAGAUGGUCGCACCCUCUCCGACUACAACAUCCAGAAGGAGUCCACCCUCCACCUGGUGCUCCGUCUGAGGGGAGGUAUGCAGAUCUUUGUGAAGACCCUGACUGGUAAGACCAUCACCCUGGAGGUGGAGCCUAGCGACACCAUCGAGAAUGUGAAGGCCAAGAUCCAGGAUAAGGAAGGCAUCCCUCCUGACCAGCAGCGUCUGAUCUUUGCUGGCAAGCAGCUCGAAGAUGGUCGCACCCUCUCCGACUACAACAUCCAGAAGGAGUCCACCCUCCACCUGGUGCUCCGUCUGAGGGGAGGAAACUAAAUGCCUCUGCAUCAAGCCACCAUUCCUGAAACAGCUCCUUCUGAUCCAGCUCUCAGUCAUUCCUGUUUUUUAAGUUUCAAUAAAGGUUGAGCAUUCCUGAUGUUUGCUUUUAGCUCUUUUUUUUUUAAAUUGAAAUGUGUUUCUUCUGGCUGCCAAAUCUUAAAAUGGGGUUGCUUUUCAAGUGUUCAGUGUUAAAGGUACUUAAAUGUGAGAUGCAUUUGGUACAGCCUUGUUUGAAUAGCCACGUCUCUGAAAAGAUUUACUUUAUCACAUUAGCAGUUUGAAAGCAAAACUGUUCAUCAUAGUCUUGAUCAGAGUGCCAUGGAUGUUUCUGGAAAAUGCUGAUUAUAUCUAAUAAAAGUGGCUUCUAACUCA